UCAUGUGAUUUCAACUUCCUAGUUGUGCGGUCUGGCUAUUAUCUGCAAGCAACAGUGUACACAGCUGGCUCACGAAACUUUGCCGAAGCAGUACAGAAGUACAUUUCUGUGACUUAUACAUUUAGAACCAAAGAGAACUAUGGCGGGACUUAGUUUUGCUAUCCCUAUGGCGGUAAUGACACUGUUUUGGGGAAUUGUCGGCGGAGUACUACCAUGGUUUGUUCCUAAAGGACCGAACAGAGGAGUGAUAGUUACCAUGCUGGUGUUAACUGCAGUGUGCUGCUACCUGUUUUGGCUGAUAGCUAUCCUAUCCCAGCUCAACCCACUGUUUGGCCCUGUCCUGAGUAACGAAACCAUCUGGUACCUGAACUACCACUGGCCCUAGUUGUCAAACCCUAGUGUCCAGUCAACCCCCUGCAGAGAACCUGCUGCACACCCAUGGAGCGCUUGAUCCAAACUACAUGACGGCACCUUGUAAAUCACAAUCCUCGUAUAUAUAUAUAUAGCAUGUGACGUUGAAGAGAUGCCCACAAUGGUGCCUUGUACAAAUUGAUCCCCAAAUAACUUUUCUAAAGUGUCUCAUUUAAUGUGUUUCACAAAAGUGAAACACAGAAAUGACAACCUCCCAUGGUCUGUGUUGUGUGUACAAUGUGUUUAUUGUUUCUAAGUGAUUUGCAAAUAUUGAUAUGGAUGUUUUAUUUUUUGCCUUUCCUUUUUAUUUCUUUAAUGUUUCUGAUGCCCUAAUAAUUAAACUGUCCUAAAUCAA